AUGGUCCUCCACAAUCCCAACAACUGGCAUUGGGUCAACAAGGAUGCCUCGGCCUGGGCGAAGCAGUACCUUGAGGAGAGCUUGGCGAAAGUCGAGACUGCCGAAAGCGGUGUCACGGCAAAGAUUAGUAAGGUUGUGAGCAUGGAUGGCGACGUCGACGUUAGCCAGAGGAAGGGCAAGGUCAUCACCAUUUACGAUGUUAAGCUCGUUCUAGAAUACACCGGCACCACCUCCGAUGAGGCUGAGGUCUCGGGCACCAUCACUAUACCCGAGGUCGCCCACGACACUGAGGAAGACGAAUUUGUGUUUGACAUCGACAUUUACUCCGACUCCAAGGAGAAGCAGCCUGUCAAGGACCUCGUCCGUUCCAAGCUCGUGCCCGAGCUCCGCAGGGAGUUCCUCAAGCUCCCCGGGGCCUUGAUCGCCGAGCACGGCAAGGACAUCCAGCAUGCUCCCGGAUCCAACCCUUCCAGCGGCUUCUCCACGCCCAAGUACCAGACACAAACCACGGCGGCCAAGUCUGCCACUGCCUCGACGAGCGUCAAGGGCAGCUCAGGCAAGGUCGUCAACACCAUGACUUUGACCGAUACUGCUGAGUUCCGUACCACGGCCGAGGAAGCCUACCAGACCUUUGUCGACCCCGCACGCAUUGCCGCCUUCACCCGCGCGCCGCCCAAGGUCUUCCAGGGCGCCAUCAAGGGCGCAAAGUUUGAGCUAUUUGACGGAAACGUUACCGGCGAGUACCUCGAACUUGCCGCCCCCAAGAAGAUUGUCCAGAGCUGGCGCCUGAAGCAAUGGCCCUCAGGCCAUUACUCCAAGCUCAGCAUCGAGUUUGACCAGAACGAUGUCGACCACGUCACCCUGAUGCGUGUUAACUGGGAUGGCGUCCCUGUCGGCGAGGAAGAGGCCACGAAGCGUAAUUGGCAAGAGUAUUACGUCAAUAGCAUCAAGCGCACCUUUGGGUUCGGCACCAUUCUGUAG